AUGGGGAAGAGCAAGGCCGUUCUUGCGCUGCUCGCCAUCAUGGUCGUCAUCGCUGAUGAGAAAUGGGAGGCCAUUUCGUCCAUCUUAGUCAUGGGCAACGACUGGAGGUGCAAGGACGUGUACACCGUGUAUGGCCUCAUGCUGCAGCAGUUCACCGCCAUGAACCCGGGUAUCAACUGCUCUGCUCUCCUUCCUCGGGGUCGAGAGCUCGUGGUGCGAGAGCUGCUGCCAGCUUGCUCUGCCUUCUACUACACCCAGCCUGCCGACACAUGCUCGUCCGUGGCUCAGUUUCUCAACAUCACCGAGGAAAGCCUGCAGCAGCUCAACCCCAGCGUUAGCUGCUCCUCUCGCCCCCUCGCGUUCCGUUCUUUGUGUGUGGAGCGCAACCCAGCCAAAGCCAAGCCGAAAUGUCUGAAUAUGAUACCGAUCCGCCGAGUGGUGGACUUCAAGCAGGUGGCGGCAUCCAAUGGAGCCACCAUGGUGGACCUCUGCAGGCUCAACCCCUGGAUCUCCUUCCGCAAUUCCCUGCGCGACACUGAUGGACGGGCGUAUGAGAAAUGGGAGGCCAUUUCGUCCAUCACAGUCGUGGGCAGCGACUGGAGGUGCAAGGACGUGUACACCGUGUAUGGCCUCACGCUGCAGCAGUUCACCGCCAUGAACCCGGGUACCAACUGCUCUGCUCUCCUUCCUCGGGGUCGCGAGCUCGUGGUGCGAGAGCUUCUGCCAGCCUGCUCUGCCUUCUACUACACCCAGCCUGCCGACACAUGCUCGUCCGUGGCUCAGUUUCUCAACAUCACCGAGGAAAGCCUGCAGCAGCUCAACCCCAGCGUUAGCUGCUCCUCUCGCCCCCUCGCGUUCCGUUCUUUGUGUGUGGAGCGCAACCCAGCCAAAGCCAAGCCGAAAUGUCUGAAUAUGAUACCGAUCCGCCGAGUGGUGGACUUCAAGCAGGUGGCGGCAUCCAAUGGAGCCACCAUGGUGGACCUCUGCAGGCUCAACCCCUGGAUCUCCUUCCGCAAUUCCCUACGCGACACUGAUGGACGGGCGUAUGAGAAAUGGGAGGCCAUUUCGUCCAUCACAGUCGUGGGCAGCGACUGGAGGUGCAAGGACGUGUACACCGUGUAUGGCCUCACGCUGCAGCAGUUCACCGCCAUGAACCCGGGUACCAACUGCUCUGCUCUCCUUCCUCGGGGUCGCGAGCUCGUGGUGCGAGAGCUUCUGCCAGCCUGCUCUGCCUUCUACUACACCCAGCCUGCCGACACAUGCUCGUCCGUGGCUCAGUUUCUCAACAUCACCGAGGAAAGCCUGCAGCAGCUCAACCCCAGCGUUAGCUGCUCCUCUCGCCCCCUCGCGUUCCGUUCUUUGUGUGUGGAGCGCAACCCAGCCAAAGCCAAGCCGAAAUGUCUGAAUAUGAUACCGAUCCGCCGAGUGGUGGACUUCAAGCAGGUGGCGGCAUCCAAUGGAGCCACCAUGGUGGACCUCUGCAGGCUCAACCCCUGGAUCUCCUUCCGCAAUUCCCUACGCGACACUGAUGGACGGGCGUAUGAGAAAUGGGAGGCCAUUUCGUCCAUCACAGUCGUGGGCAGCGACUGGAGGUGCAAGGACGUGUACACCGUGUAUGGCCUCACGCUGCAGCAGUUCACCGCCAUGAACCCGGGUACCAACUGCUCUGCUCUCCUUCCUCGGGGUCGCGAGCUCGUGGUGCGAGAGCUUCUGCCAGCCUGCUCUGCCUUCUACUACACCCAGCCUGCCGACACAUGCUCGUCCGUGGCUCAGUUUCUCAACAUCACCGAGGAAAGCCUGCAGCAGCUCAACCCCAGCGUUAGCUGCUCCUCUCGCCCCCUCGCGUUCCGUUCUUUGUGUGUGGAGCGCAACCCAGCCAAAGCCAAGCCGAAAUGUCUGAAUAUGAUACCGAUCCGCCGAGUGGUGGACUUCAAGCAGGUGGCGGCAUCCAAUGGAGCCACCAUGGUGGACCUCUGCAGGCUCAACCCCUGGAUCUCCUUCCGCAAUUCCCUACGCGACACUGAUGGACGGGCGUAUGAGAAAUGGGAGGCCAUUUCGUCCAUCACAGUCGUGGGCAGCGACUGGAGGUGCAAGGACGUGUACACCGUGUAUGGCCUCACGCUGCAGCAGUUCACCGCCAUGAACCCGGGUACCAACUGCUCUGCUCUCCUUCCUCGGGGUCGCGAGCUCGUGGUGCGAGAGCUUCUGCCAGCCUGCUCUGCCUUCUACUACACCCAGCCUGCCGACACAUGCUCGUCCGUGGCUCAGUUUCUCAACAUCACCGAGGAAAGCCUGCAGCAGCUCAACCCCAGCGUUACCUGCUCCUCUCGCCUCCCCUCGUUCCGCCCUCUGUGUGUGGAGCGCAACCCAGCUAAAGCCAGGCCGAAAUGUGGGAGUCAGAUACAGAUCGGCCGAGUGGUGGACUUCAAGCAGGUGGCGGCAUCCAAUGGAGCCACCAUGGUGGACCUCUGCAGGCUCAACCCCUGGAUCUCCGUCCGCGAUUCCCUGCGCAACAUUGACGAUGAUUACUGGGUGGCCGUUUCAUCCAUCAGAGUCGCAGGUAGCAACUGGAGGUGCAAGGACGUGUACACCGUGUAUGGCCUCACGCUGCAGCAGUUCACUGACAUGAAUCAUGGUAUCGACUGCUCCGCUCUCCUUCCUCAGGGUCACGAGCUCGUGGUGAAAGAGCUGCUGCCAGCUUGCUCUGCCUUCUACUACGUCCAGCCGAAUGACACAUGCUCAUCUGUGGCUCAAUUUCUCAGCAUCACCGAGGAAAGCCUGCAGCAGCUCAACCCCGGUGUUAGCUGCUCCUCUCGCCUGCUUGCAUUCCGCCCUCUGUGUGUUGAGCGCGACCCAGCCAAGGCCAAGCCGAAAUGCUUGAAAGAGAUACGGAUCGGCCGAGUGGUGGACUUCAAGCAGGUGGCGGCAUCCAAUGGAGCCACCAUGGUGGACCUCUGCAGGCUCAACCCCUGGAUCUCCUUCCGCGAUUCCCAGCGCGGCUUUGAUAUUGUAAGUUCCAAGGCAAAUGACUGA